GCAACACUGUUGUGGUGCCCCCGCAUAACCUAUAAACAGUGAAAUGUUAAAAUUUUAUUUUUUGCUGAAAGUAUAAAGUAAAAGAGGAAUCAUGAAGAAGUAUGCUCGAAAUCAGCUGUAUGAUAAACUUCAUAGGGGUGGUGUAUUAAUUUGUGUUGGUUUGACACUUUAUGGAACGGUUUUGUUGUGUGAUCAUUUCUACAAAUAUUAUAAGUAUGUCCGGCCUCAGAUACAGGCAUCUAAAGCAGCUGCAGAAAGAGAACUACUUGCAGAAGGAUCAUCAGAUAAAAUAUAAAGGGAUUAAUUAUAGGUC